GAUUUUGUAAACACGGUCGGAGAUGACGACAAAAAAUAAGAAAUGUAGAAAGAUGAGGGGCCAUGUCAGCCACGGCCAUGGGCGAAUUGGCAAACACAGGAAGCAUCCCGGUGGUAGAGGUAAUGCUGGUGGUCAACAUCAUCAUCGUAUCAACUUUGAUAAAUACCAUCCUGGUUACUUUGGAAAGGUUGGCAUGAGGCAUUUUCAUUUGACCAAACAGAAAUAUUUCUGUCCAACAAUAAAUGUUGAUAAGCUGUGGAGCUUGGUUUCAGAACAGACUCGUGAACACUACAAAGAAAAAAAAGAUGUUGCUCCAGUAAUUGAUGUCGUCAGAGCCGGCUAUUACAAAGUGUUGGGCAAAGGCCACCUACCUAAACAGCCAGUUAUUGUGAAGGCUAAAUUUUUUAGCAAGACAGCUGAAGACAGAAUUAAAAGUGUUGGUGGUGCUUGCGUGUUGGUUGCAUAAAUUGAGACUAUUUCUGGACAUAAUUUUUUUGUCUUCACGAUCUUUUAUUUGACAAAUAAAAGUUAACACAAAUUUAA